AUGGCCCACCUCCCGCAGCUCAUCAAGAUCGGAGUGUCCCUCAAAACCACCCCCAACAAUGGACCCGUCUUCUUCAAGACGGACGGGACGAGGUUCGGUCAGAACCGGACCAUCAAAUUACUGACGGGCACCAAGUACAAAAUCGAUGUGGUGGUCAAGCCUGGCGCCGUGGAGGCGACGUCGAUGACCAUUGGUGGGGUGACUUUUCCAUUGGAGCAGCAGUCCAAAGACCCCCAGUCUGUGAUGUAUUCAGGAAUGUAUGACACUGAAGGAGUGGCCCACACCAAAAGUGGAGAGAGGCAACCUGUCCAGGUCAGCAUACAGUUUAACGAGGCUGGCCUCUUUGAGACUGUGUGGCAGGUGAAAUUCUACAACUACAACAAGAGAGACCACUGCCAGUGGGGAAGCAGCUUCAACAGCAUAGAGUAUGAGUGCAAACCCAAUGAGACGCGCAGCCUGAUGUGGAUCAAUAAAGAAGUGUUUCUGUGAGAAAUGACCCUCAGCCGUUUGAUGAGGUGACAGCAAGCGGAACCGGAGACACAUCACUCUGUCUGAGAGCUGUCUGGACACAGUACCUAUCAACAAUACAGCGUAAAUGAACAUAUCAGCUCUUUUAGGAUCAAACAACAUUGAGUGAAUCCUGUAGCAACGCCCUGUCUAAAUGAGAAUUCUGAGUUGUGAGGUGUUUGCUGGUUUAAAGUGGUAUGAACAGUUAAAAAAAAAGAAAGAAAAAAUGCAGAAAUGUUUUCCCAUUUAAGACAGUU